UUCUACGAAAAGAGGCUCUUUUUGAGUUGUUAUUAUUCGUUUGUUGCUGUAGGGAAAAUAUAGCAGGACUGCUAAAAUUCCUAAUAGAAGGCAAUGAAGCUCUUGAAUUGUGUCUCUCUUAUGAGACAACUUUUCCAUAUCCUCACAAUCACCCUUCUCAGCCUUUUGCUCCCAAUCUCAUUUCUCCUCCUUGCUAGGUUCUCUAGUGCCUACUAUCUCCUAAGCCUGAACUCUUUUCCUUUAUUACAAUCCUCUUCUUUUCUCUUCUCUUUCAUCCUAUAUACCAACCCAAGUGUUCUCUAUCUUCUUGUUUCAAUUGUAAGCAUAGCCACUCUAAUUCACGGCUUAACAGGUAAGAUUACCUUUCUAAGUGAGUUUCCAGGCCCUGCUUUACGUCCCCGUUUGUAUAUUGGAUGGAUUUUUCUUUGUACAUUACAAGUCUGCGUUGGUUUGGGGAUCGAAGGAAGCAUAGCCGCAGGAAUUGAUGGCUCAAGUUUUGGUUUGGAGAAAAGUUUAUUGAGCAAAACAAUUUUUUUCCUCGGCUUGCAUGAAACAAUGCUUCAUUGGUGUAGAGUGGUGGUGAAGCCAGUGGUGGAUGACACGGUUUUUGGGGUUGGUAGAGAGGAAAGAUGGGUUGAAAAGGUGGCUAUGGCAGUUAGCUUUGGUACUUUAUGGUGGUGGAAGUUGAGAGAUGAGGUUGAGUCUAUGGUGGUUGUGGCUGAGGUUAAAAGAGAGCUCUCAAUGGGUAUUGGGGUGGCUGAAUUUGUUGGUUGGUGGUUGUAUUACCUGACUGUAACAGUUGGGAUGGUCAGGAUUGUGAAAGGUAUUAUGUGGCUUGUCAUGCUUUGGCUCUGUAGGAAGGUAAGAGAGAACUCAGCUGAGUCUUGUGGGGCCGAAGACAAGGUCUGAAAUUGACACUUUCUGUUAUUCUUAUUGUUUUUUCUUUAUUACCUGUUUUUUAUUCUCUGGUACAAGAAACCAAAAGUUGUAGAAUUCAUUUCUUAAUUAUUUUCAACUUGUAGCACAUAUUACAACUGUA